AUGAGAUUGAACUUCAGCGAACUGCCGACCCCGACUCUAAGUCGCCAGAACACAUCCGUCCCCCAUCGUCACCACUACCGCGCAAGCACCCAUCCGCAUCUCUUAUCAUCGCGUCACAAGCCGAGAAGAUGGCCAUUAGUCUUCCGCUUCAUCAAAGGCGCAAUCCAUGGCGCGAUCCUGAUCUACGUCCUUUUCCACGCGGCGUUCACAGCGUUCGUCGUUUGUCUCGACCGAUAUGUUUUUGAUACGGUUGGGUUGCCCAAUACCAUCAUCCCCUCCCUCUCCAUCGUCGUCGGCCUAAUGCUCGUCUUCCGCAACCAAACCUCCUACAACCGCUUCUGGGAUGGCCGGAACGGAAUGACAGCCUUGCACACCGCGAUCCGGAAUCUCGUCCGCACAAUCCUCACAAAUGGCUACAGCCCCGCCGGCCCGCCCACAGGCGCCGAGCGCGCAGAUAUCGAGCGUGCGGUGCGCAUCCUCAUGGCUAUUCCAUUUGCUGUGAAGAACCAUCUUCGCGCGGAGUGGGGAGCGGCGUUUUCGUUUGGUGGUCUUCCUGGUCUUAUCGGGAGCGAUCUCUCGCAGAGCGGGGCGGCGGUGUAUAACCCUGUUUAUGCGGGGUUGUUGCCCGCCGAGUUGGAUGGGUAUGAGGAUGAGGGGUUGGGGUUGCCGUUCCAGCUGACGUUUUUUGUGGACGGGUUUAUUAAGCGCGGCGUUGAGAGGGGGUGGUUCCAUGCGCCUGGGGCGAGUCAAAUGCAGGCGCAGUUGAAUGCCUUGGUGGAUGCGUUUGGGAAGAUGGAGACAAUUCGGUUGACGCCUAUUCCGGUGGCGCAUUUGAUCCAUCAGAAACAGGUUCUCGCUUUAUACGGGUGCGUUCUGCCCUUCGCCAUGGUUGAUGAUAUGGGUUGGUGGACUGUGCCCAUCGUCAGCUUGGUGAUCUUCACGCUCUAUGGAAUCGAGGGGAUCGGCUCGCAGUUGGAGGAUCCAUUCGGGUAUGACAGGAAUGAUAUCAAGAUGGAUGCCCUGGUUGGUGAUGCGAAGACGGAGAUUGAUGUUGUGCUUGCGGAGUGGCGGAGGGUUAUGGAGAUGGUUGAUGGGGGGUACCGGGCUGGCGACAGUAAUAGUAAUGCUGAUGAGAACCAGGAGGGUAGUGGUGCUGGUUUGGUCGCGGAGAAAGGGUUUGCCAUGCCCGAUAUGUUUUUAAGGUCGAGAGUGAGAAUGCCCGGUCAAUGA